AUGAGCAUCGCCGACCAGGUACAAGGUCUGAUGGACGAUGUCCUUAGGCCAGAACCCUCUCCGAAGCGUCGCCGACUUGAUUCCAACUCACCACCAUCUUCAUACGAGAACGACCAGAAGCCCGACCUUGACACGCCUACAGAUGCAGAGAAUGGAUACGCUUUUGAGGAAGAGUCGGAUAAUGGAGACCAACCUACCGCCAGCAACUCGCAGACACCACGCGAACGAGACCAACAAACAGACGACUCUCGACCAUUGGGCGUACAUUACAAGUCAUACAUGACUCUGAGGANNGGUCACAAGAGAGGCGUUGCUGCCGUGAGAUUUUCACCAAAUGGCAAAUGGGUUGCUAGCUGCUCCGCCGAUUGCACCAUCAAAGUGUGGAACGCUCAGACAGGAACGUUGGUUCACACUCUUGAAGGUCACCUCGCCGGUGUCUCGACCAUAUCCUGGGCUCCCGACUCCAUCGUCCUCGCCUCGGGCUCCGACGACAAGUCUAUCAGACUAUGGGAUGUCAGGACGGGAAAAUGUAUGCCGACCGCCUUGACUGGCCACCACAACUACAUAUACAGCAUUGCCUUCUCACCAAAGGGUAACAUGCUCGUGAGCGGAUCAUACGACGAAGCAGUCUUUCUAUGGGACGUGCGAACAGCCCGAGUAAUGAGGUCGUUACCUGNNCUCACUCGGACCCGGUAUCAGGGGUCGACUUUGUACGAGAUGGAACGCUUGUGGCAUCCUGCUCGAGCGACGGCCUUAUUGUUAAGCCGACUAUGGGAUUCAAAUACAGGACAGUGUCUGAAGACAUUAGUGCACGAAGACAAUGCGCCAGUCACAUCGGUACGCUUCUCACCCAACGGUAAAUUCGUGCUUGCGGCGACACUCGACUCGAGCGUACGGUUGUGGAAGUACGUCGAAGGUCGAUGUAUCAAGACAUACCAAGGACACAAAAAUCAGAAGUUCAGCAUCAAUGCAUGUUUCGGAACAUAUUAUAACGAACAGGAGGAUGGAGAAGAGUCGGCAUUCGCCAUGUGCGGCGACGAGGAGGGCAAAGCAGUGAUAUGGGAUGUCAACACCAAAGCAGUACUGCAGGUUCUGGACGGACACGAGGACGUAGUGCUUGGGGUGGAUAGCAGUCCCGACAGCAGUAUGGUAGCGACGUGUAGCCUGGACGGGACCAUCAGGAUAUGGAAGAACAGCCCUGACAAGUAA